UAAAACUUUGUUGGCGUCUUUACACAACGUAAAUAAAAACAAAUUUGUGCAAAUUUCUUCUAUUAUCUUUAUUUUAUUUGAUUUAUGUUCAGCAUAACUUCACCAUCACCAUCACCAGCCCUUUUACGCCUUCCUUAUGGAUGGUUAAGGAGGAUGGGCCAUAACCCUCCACGCUGGCCCAAUGCGGAUUGGAGGGUAUUAACGACUGCAGAUGCAGCCGGGACCAACGGCUUAACGUGCCUUCCGAAGCACGGAGUAGCUCGAGAUAAUAAUUUUUUGGUCACCCAUCCCGUGACCGACCCUUGCGAAAGUUGCUUAACGACUACGAUCGCGGGCCUCGGCGCUUAUCCACUACGCCACCGAGCUACUCACUACGAUCGCGGGCAGCAUAACUUAUGAAACUAUAAUCUAACACUAUAGCAAACACUAUUUUCAUAUAUCGUUUGAUAUUAUUCUAUUUUUA